UUCCCACAACUCUGACGAUUUUUCUCCGGGGGAGAUCGGAAUAGCGAUGAUGAUGAGGGCGGGAGAUCGAAGCCGCCGACGUAAGGAGAGAGGGGAUCUGAAUUCUAGAUUAGAUGUUACCGGCGGCGGCGUGGGCUUCUUUCUCACGCCAGCGGAGGCGAAUUCACGGGCAGAUUUGACGGAGGAAAGAGAUAGAAAAAAUUUUCAGGAAAAAAGGAGAAAUCGUUGAGCCUUUUUUC